UACCGUAAGUUAGGUUAUGUCUGAUUUAUGACAUUUAUUGUUUUAUGUAUUUGAAAAAGUAUCAUUACUAUGAAAAUAAAAAAAACUGCAAAUUCAAAAUUAACAUGAAAAAUUUUAUACGAUAAAUAAGUUAAUGAAAAUGUGAAGAAAAAAAAUCUAGACUAUUCAUUUUGUUUGAAAGAGUUGAUACUGUAGAUAUAUUCAAAUCGGAAUUUCAAUGAGGAGAUAUCAAGAAAAAUGAAUUUCUCUUAAAACAAUUUAAAUUAAAGGUCCCAAUAUUGACUAUUCUCCUGCCGCAAAAAUGUCGCAUUUUUCUAAUGAGAAUUUUUAUUCUCAUACUUUCACACCAAGAGAAUAUCAGGUUGAAUUAUUAGAAUCAGCAAAAAAAAGGAAUACUGUUGUUUGUUCAAGCACUGGUUCAGCAAAAACAUUUGUUAUUAUAAAACUACUUCAAGAAUUUUCAUGGAGAAUGAGAAAUUCACUGAAAAAAACUCUUUUUUUAUUGGAUGAUUGUAAUGUACCUAUUAUUGGAACACAAAUCAAAUUAAUCACUGAUUUGAAAGUCGUCACAUUAGUUGCAAAUAAUAUAGAUGAAGAAAAAUGGAAUAAUGCUUUGUGUGUCAAUGAAAUUGUUCUAGUGAAUGAAAAUAUUUGUCAAAAGUUAAUACAAUUCAAUUUAAUAGAUUUGAGUAAAUUUGAAUUGUUGAUCAUAGAUGAUUGUCUUUAUGGAGAUCGCCAAAGGUUGAUACAUGAAUUGAUGGAAUGUUAUAAGAUAACAGAGGAGAAGCCUAGGAUUUUGGGAUUUUCUGCUAGUUUGUUAGGUUUAGAUUUAAAACCAGAAUACCUUGAAAGUGAAUUAUUAAGAUUGGAAAAAUUGUUGAAUUCGAAAGUUGAUACAUCAAGUGAAAUUGUAACCCUCAUUAGGUUAUCAUGUCGACCUAAAGAAUAUGUUGUUGAAUGUGCUCUUAGUCCCACUGAUGAUUUAAAUAAUUCAAUUAGAAAAGAAGUAUUUGAUGCACUGAAUUUUCUCAAGGAACAUAGGUUUGAUCCGAGUGAAAUAUAUGAAGCAGAUUUACUAGAAGAGAUGAAACAAGCACCAAAUCCUGUAGAUGAACCAAUCAAUUUAUUGAAUAAGAUAUUAUCAAUUCUUGCUGAUAUGGGUGCUUGGUGUGCACAACAAGCAGCAUUAGGAAUGUUAGCUAAAAUAGAAAAGCUCAAAAUAAAAGUUCCUUAUGAAAGGCACUUUCUUUUAUUAUGUAUGGUUUCAACAGUUUUAGUGAAAAUUCAUGCAAUUUGUGAUGAUUAUAUGGAAAACUUAUCAGAUACCGAAAGAGUCCUGAAUUUCUCAACACCUAAAAUAUUGAGAUAUUUGGAGAUAUUGAAAAAAUUCAAGCCAAACAUUGAAAAAUCAAAUGUUCAAGAUAUUGUUCCAGAACAGGGUAAGGACAAUGAAGUUAACGUAAGAUUUAGAAGAGGUGGUCGAGUGCCAAGACGAUUAUUCAUUCAGAAGAAUCAAACGGAAGAUUCUAUCUGUUGCUUGACUUUUGUUGGUGAUUGUUAUAGAGCCAGAGCUUUAUUUAAUUUGUUGUGUGUUAUGUCUCAGAAUCAUGAUGAUUUUUUUUGGGUGUCGACACAAUAUGCUGCAGAAAAGACUGCAGAUCCAGCUAAAGAAUUGAAAGAAGCAGAAUUAGAACACAAGCAGCAUGAGGAAGUUCUGAGAAAGUAUCGUGCUCAUGAGGUUAAUAUAAUGAUAUCAACUUCUAUACUAGAACAAGGCUGUGAUUUACCAAAAUGUAAUUUAGUCAUAAGAUUUGAUUUGCCGCAAAUGUUUCACAGUUAUAUACAGAGUAAAGCUAGAGCAAGAGCAUCUUAUGCACAUUUCAUAUCUCUAGUAAAUGAAGACAACACCAUGGAAUAUAUCAAAAAAUUAUCUCAAUAUAAUGAAAUUGAAAAUAUUCUUCUUCAACGAUGUUGCAGUUUAGAACCAGAAAAAGAAGAGGAAUAUUAUGCAGACUGUUUUUCAGCUCUAUGUAAACCAUAUCAACCACUGAAUGAGGAAGGUGCACCAUUCGUAACACUUUCCAAUGCUGUGACCCUGAUUAAUAAGUAUUGUGCUAAGUUGCCCAGUGAUACAUUCACGAAAUUAACUCCCAUUUGGGAUGAGGAAAAAAUUCAAGAUGGUUAUAUUUGUCAUAUAAGACUACCAAUAAACUCUCCAGUUAAGAAAACAAUCAUCAGCCCACCAAUGUUUAACAGUUUAUUAGCUAGAAGAGCAGCAGCUUUCAUGGCAUGUCAGUUACUACAUAAAACCGGGGAGUUAGACAAUAAUCUUCAACCUAUAGGAAAAGAAAACUUUGUUGCAACUGAAGAUGAUUGGAACAUAUUUCCAUUAGAUGAAGCUGAUGAGCAGCUUGCCCGAGAAAAUUUGGAGCCUAGACCGGGAACCACAAAAAGAAGGCAAUAUUACUACAAAAAAGUUGCAGAUGCACUGUUGGGGUGCCAUCCAAUAGCAGGUCAACCCAGUUAUUUUUAUAAAAUUGUAAUGACAUUGACUUGCCCUUUGCCAGAGGAACAAAACACACGAGGUAGAAAGAUAUAUCCUCCUGAAGAUUUUCCACAAAGUUUUGGUAUCUUAACAUCUAAAAAAAUUCCAAAGAUAAGUUCUUUUCCCAUAUUUACAAGAUCUGGAGAAGUAAGUGUAGAUUUAGAAUUAUGUUCAAGUAACAUCAUUUUAUCAUUGGAACAAAUCUCACAACUGAGAGAAUUUCUGAACUAUACAUUCACUAGGGUGUUACGUCUUCAAAAAUAUCUCAUGCUUUUCAAUCCAGAUGCUUCAUUGAAUUCUUAUUUGGUUGUACCUACUACAUCUUAUUUACCAAAUAAAACUGUCAUCGAUUGGAAAUUCGUAGAAUUAAUAAAUGAAAAUCUAACUAUCCUUCCUGAAAUAGUACCAGAGGAGAACCGGAAAAAUUAUAAAUUUGAUCCUGAUAAAUAUGAAGAUGCUGUUGUCAUGCCCUGGUAUCGAAAUCAGGAUCAACCACAAUACUUUUAUGUGGCAGAAAUUUGUAAGAAUUUGAGUCCAAAAUCUUCAUUUCCUGGAUCUGAAUAUGCCACUUUCGAAGAAUAUUACCUGAAAAAAUAUGAUAUCCAAAUACAGAACUUUUCUCAACAUCUCUUGGAUGUAGAUCAUACUUCCGCAAGGCUUAAUUUCUUAACUCCAAGGUAUGUGAAUAGGAAAGGAGUUGCUUUGCCAACAAGUAGUGAAGAGACAAAAAGGGCCAAGAGAGAAAACUUAGAACAAAAGCAAAUAUUGGUUCCAGAAUUGUGUGCCAUACAUCCUUUCCCAGCAUCCUUGUGGCGUAAAGCGGUCUGUCUUCCAUGUAUAUUAUAUCGGAUAAAUGCAUUACUGUUAGCAGAUCAGAUUAGGAAAACAGUGGCAGUUGAAUUAUUAUUAGGAAAAGCCGAACUUGAAGAAAAUUUCAAAUGGCCAGCUCUCAGUUUUGGCUGGAGUCUCUGUGAUGUGAUAAAAAAAACAAAAGAAGAAGAAAUCAAUAUGGAAACUGAGCUGCCUAGUGAAAUCAUGGAAAGUAAAAUCUCAGAUAGAAUUGAAUCUAUGGAGUGUAACGAGUUUGAUCUCGAAAUAGCUCAAAUCACCGAUAGUGUUGAUUCCAACAGUGAUGAGGAAAAAUCAAGCUGGGCUAUAGGAACUUGGUCGAAUGAUAUGGCUGGAUUCGAUCAAGAGGGAACAGAAUUCGCCAUAAAAUAUAGUUCACCUACUAGUUGGAUGAUUUCAGAUGAUUAUGAUGACUAUUCUUGUUCUGAAUCAUUUUACUCAGACGAUGAUUCAAAUGAUGAUAUCGGAGGUUGUAGAAUAGAAUUUACUGGUAAUUAUCUAGCAGAAGCAGUGGAGUCAGAAGAAAUAAAAGAGGAAAUUGUCGCAAUAAAGCAAUACAACAGUGUUUGGUCUGAUAUUAAUUGUAAUAUAGGAAAUGUAGAGGAAUUACAACAAAAAUUUGAUGAAGCUUGUGAUCAAAAUAUGAAAAAAAUUUUAAAAUCAGGAAUGCUUCUGAGGAAGGAUCAAGUGUUUGUGAAAAGUGAUGAAAUACAAAACACACCAAAAAUCUAUGAAAACAUAUCUGUUUCAGAUUUUGAUUUCAAUCAGCUUGAUGUGACACCGUGCAAGCUUCUUUGUAGUCCUAAAAAAUUUCAAAAAACCGUUUAUAACUGUGAUAUAGAAAAUAAUACUUUUAAAUUUGAUGCGCAACCACCAUUAGAAAAUCAUCCUGGUCCUAGUCCUAACUUGUUAUUACAAGCUUUAACUAUGUCAAACGCUAAUGAUGGUAUUAAUUUGGAAAGACUUGAGACAAUAGGUGAUUCUUUUUUAAAAUAUGCCAUUACAAAUUAUUUGUAUUCUAAGUACGAAAACAUCCAUGAAGGAAAACUAAGUCAUUUACGUUCUAAACAAGUAAGUAAUUUAAAUUUAUAUCGCUUGGGAAAACGGAAAAAUCUAGGUGAGUUUAUGAUUGCCACCAAGUUUGAUCCUCAUGACAACUGGUUACCUCCAUGUUUUUAUGUCCCAAAAGAGCUUGAAGAAGCUUUGUUGGCAGCUCAGUAUCCUGCAAAUUGUUGGACAAUGGCUGAUAUGGAAGCUACAAGAGAUAUGACCUUGGAAGAUAUUUGUUCUAUGGUUAAGGAAAAAGGUGAAGAAAUGGCUUUUCCAAACUCCAUACCCUAUAAUCUUGUUACCCAGCACAGUAUUCCAGAUAAAAGCAUUGCUGAUUGCGUGGAAGCUUUAAUUGGUGCAUAUUUGAUAGAUUGUGGACCAAGAGGAGCACUUCUUUUUAUGUCAUGGUUGGGAAUAAAAGUUUUACCUGUUAUAAAUGAUAAAACUUAUGGUGAAUUUGAAUUACCUCAUUCUCCUCUUCUGAGGCAUGUACCAAAUUCAGAGAAGGAACUAGAAACUUUACUCAAUGGAUAUAAUGAGUUGGAAGACCAUAUUGGUUACAAAUUCAAAGAUCGUUCUUAUUUAUUACAAGCCUUAACACAUGCUUCUUAUUCACCCAAUAGAAUAACCGAUUGUUAUCAACGAUUGGAGUUUUUAGGAGAUGCAGUACUGGAUUACCUCAUAACAAGACAUCUUUAUGAAGAUUCUAGAAUGCACUCGCCAGGUGCUUUGACUGAUUUACGUUCUGCAUUGGUAAAUAAUACAAUAUUUGCAUCUUUAGCUGUAAGAAAUGGGUUUCACAAAUAUUUUCGUCACUUAUCACCAGGUUUGAAUGAAGUAAUAGAAAAAUUCAUCAGGCUUCAGGAAGAAUGUGGUCACAGUAUAGUGGAAGAAUUAUACCUUGUUAUAGAAACUGAUGCUGAAGAAGUUGAGGAUGUAGAAGUACCUAAAGCACUUGGAGAUAUUUUCGAAUCGGUUGCAGGAGCUAUUUUCUUAGAUUCAGAGAUGUCUCUGGAUGCAGUCUGGGCAGUUUAUUAUAAAAUGAUGAAGGUAGAAAUUGAACAGUUCAGUAAUAAAGUACCAAAAUCACCAAUAAGAGAACUUUUGGAACUGGAGCCUGAGACAGCCAAGUUUGGAAAGCCUGAAAAAUUGGCAGAUGGAAGGAGAGUAAGAGUUUCAGUAGAAGUUUUUGGUAAGGGUACAUUCAAAGGAAUUGGAAGAAAUUAUCGUAUUGCAAAAUGUACUGCAGCUAAAUGUGCUUUAAAGCAUCUGAAAAGACAAGGAUUAAUCAGACGAAAUGAGUAACUAAUGAGUGAAAAAAAAUUGACAACUGCCAUGAAGUGUGCAUAAUGUUUUAUUGUAAUUAAUAAAAAAUUGUUUGUUAUUGUAAUUGCUAGUAUGAUCUUUCAAAAAUAUUGUUUUUAUUCAUUCCGAUGAAAAUGAUGUGAUAUUUUAAAUUAUUUAUUCUUUUCAUUAAACAUUUUAACGACAAUCAGCCUUUUAAUUGUACUAAUAAAACACAAACAAGUAUAUUUAUCAAAAAUAAUGUUGAAAUAGAAAGGUUGUAAUAAAAUGGAAUAAAAUUCA